AGCCGUAGGAGAGAGAGCGUGGGAGAGAGGUGCGGAGAGAGAGAGAGAGCGAGAGAAAGAGAGGGAGCGAGAGAGAGCGGGAGGGGGUUGAGAUCUCAUUUUUCAGUCCGUGGGUUUUCAUCGCGCAGCGGAGACAGCGAGAAGCGAGAUGUCCGCGUGCGGGCCGCGCGCCCUGGCGCUGCUGAGCGCGUGCGCCGCUCUGCUCGCCGUGGCAUCGCUGCUCCUGGCCGUGAGCACGGAUUGGUGGCUCCAUGCCCAGGAGCUGGAGACGCAUGCUCGCAACCUGUCCCGUCGCGUCCGCGUCUCCCUGCACUCGGGCCUGUGGCGAGUGUGCACAGACAUGGGUGUUAAACGCUGCUCCAGUAUCCCGGGAUUUGAAAGUUCAGAAUUCGCGGGAUCAGAGGCAACAGCCAACUUCCUACGCAUGGUGCGUAACUUCACCCCCUUUCCACUCGCGAGUCUGCUGCUCAUGUCCUUGGGGCUGCUCCUCAAUGCCGUGAGCCAUGUGAGGGCUCACACCAGCGUGCUGCCUCUAUUGAGCGGGGUGCUCUUCAUACUCUCAGGCCUGUCGCUAGUGCUGGGCCUGGUGCUCUACAUCUCGGGCGUGAACGACGUCCAUGAUGAGGUGCGCUCCAGGGCCGGCCCGGCGCCCCUCGCUUUCCACUACCGCUACGGAGUCUCCUUCCUCCUCGCUGGAGCAUCAUUCUUCCUCAGCGAGGGCGCUGGGGUUCUGUGUGUCUACCUUUUCACCCGCCGCUACUCGGGGGGAGGUCCAGGCGGGGCGGGGGGUGGGAUGGGUGGGGGGAUGGGCGGGGCCGGUGGCAUGGGGGGCGGGGCCCACCGCAACAGGCCCCGCCUCUCGGACGGCUCCAACCAAUCGGCGCGCAUGCUGCACCCGCCGUCGCCGCCCCCUCGCUCGCGCACCCUCUCCGACAGCUCUUCGCACCUCGCGCUCCCAUUGGCCAAGGGCGACGAGUGGGGCGGGGAGCGCUACGUGGUCGACGCCUCCGCGUGGGGGAGGGGUGGAGGCGCAGUGGCGCAGCAGUUCGUGCGCUGCUGA